AUGAUUUCCAAGAUAGCGCCCGUGGUGGAGCCGAAUUUGUUCGACAUCUAUUUGGCGUGGAGUGAUGCGUGGCUCUUGUUUGAUGACAAUAGCAAGCGAAAUUCCGCUUCUUACACAUUGAGCCUUGAAGAUCUUGCAAUGUUAUUUGAAGAAGGUAGCAUCGAUCGACUCAUUCACUACGAUCAGCUUAUAUUGGCCAUUUCUUCAUUCAAACACCAUAUAAAACUUGGUAACAUCAGCUUUGGAGGAUCUCAUCCACCAUCCUGCGAUGAAACCAAUCUGACUUCCCAAACAUACAAUCCCCAGUCAAAAUGCGACUGCGAAACGACGGACAUAACCAAACUUAAAAAUGGUCUGCCCAUCGAUCCACGAGACAAUAUAUGUGAAGCUAUUUCCGGUAUGAAGUCAUCAAUGGAGAUAGUUAUCGCACGCCAGAACGAAUGGCACAGCACCGGACUUUUUACAGCGAAGAAGCUUCGACACGCCGUGGAAGAAUUAAUACACGCGAAUAUGGACAUUCAAACUACGCCAGACACAUGUCGCGGUCCUCGAACAGCAAAUUCCAUACCCGAUAUUCGAGCACCCGACCGCCGUCCCAAUGCCAGGGUUGAUGGGAGUGCGACAAUCGGGAAUCAGAUAUAUCCGACCCACGAACAGAUAAAGAUCUGCGCCGACGCAAAGUACUUCGGUGUUAUGGCCUGCGGGGCAGGACUUUGCGAUGAGGGACUGGCGCGAGCGGUCGCCGAUUCCUGUAACGAUAUUUUGAUCGGCGACUAUUGCGAAGCUGCAGAUGCGGCUGGCUUGCUUUUGCUUCAGCGCGUUGGUGCUGGUGCAAUGGCGUUUUUGAAGUUAUGCAACUUAGCAGGGCGCGUGACGGAUUGGCAAUUCGAUAAUUUGUCUGCCUAUAUGAUUCAAUGUCGCGUUUUAGGACAUUUCCGUGAUCAUUCAAGGAACAAGCUUCCAGACGGAAUAUAUGGAAGCAGGAUGACUGGUCUUGGUAUCCAUCGCCAUAUAGAUGUGGCUGCCUUCCAUGGUGUGAUGACUGCGUCUCUGGCAACAGGCCAAGAACUAACCGAGAACGAGUUCAUGCAUGUGGUGGACGCAUGUGUUUAUAUCAAUGAUUUCGUUGAUUUUCGCGGUGACACUAUGCGCAAGCAACGCGAAAAUGUUAUUCUCCGUGGAAUAAGAGGAGACAUGUGCAGAUACCUUGAUCGAAUGAUCGUGCAGUGCCUCGAUUCGGUCAUCGAAGUUAUUGGGACUUCUGAGGUUGGGGCAUUAGUCGUCAUGGGUUAUUGCAAUUGGGCAAUUCUUGGGGCGCAUCACAAAGUGUUUGAAGUGUUGGAGGGUAUACGGAAAGUGAAAAAUGAUGAUGCUUGCAUAUACGACUCUCAGUUGGAUGCAACUCGUUAUGAGCGACUCCUCCGAGCAUUACAACCAUACGGCACACUUGGUGACCAGGGCCCUCGGGUUUCGAAGAAACGAGUGGAAAUGGACAAGUUAUAUAAUGUUUACCGGAAAGAUCCCACUUCGCACUUGGCAUGGCUUGCUGAUGCGACUCGGGACCUCCUACAGCCAAAGGUAUUGAGGAAGAUCAUUGAUGUCGUGCACUAUGAGUGGAGUGGUGAUUUGGGCGCUGUUGAUUAUUGUCCUUAA